AUGUCCAUCGCGAGCACAGCAGCGUCUGCCGCGGCCUCGACGCUCGCCACGUUGGCGACGACGCUGACGACCGACCUGACCACCGCCGCAUCGACAGCGACGGCAGACACAUCGCCAACUCCGUCAGCCACCACCAUCCCCGCCGGCCACGGCGACGGCCACCACGGCACACAUGGCGACCGGCAUUCAAACGACAGCCGACGCAGCGUCGUCAUCGGCGUCGUCUCGUUCCUCCUGCCCUUCACCACCGCCGUCGUCUUUUUGCGCAUCUACACGCGCCGCUACCUCAGCCGCCGUGCCGAUGCCGUCGGCGCCGACGACUGGACCAUGCUCGCGGCCCUCGUGCUCGCAGUCGUCGACGGCAUCACCAUGCUGCUCAUGACCACCCAGGGCUUCGGCCGCCACAUGUGGACGCUGACGGCCGACCAGAUCACCACCUACAACAUGUACUUUUACCUGUCCAUUGUCUUCUACUAUGCCUGCCUCGGCACCGUCAAGACCGCCAUCUUGCUGCAGUACCUGCGCGUCUUUGCCGUCAAGAUGCGCAAGAUCACCCUCGUCGUGCUCGUGCUCAUCGGCCUCUGGAGCACCGCCCUCUUCCUCGCCGGCGUCUUUGCCUGCCAGCCCAUCCACGCCUUCUGGGACAAGUCCGUCCCCAACCACCACUGCAUCUCCGACCUGCCCCAGUGGUACAUCAACGCCGCCGGCAACAUUGCCACGGACAUUUUGAUCUUCGCCCUGCCCAUCCCCGUCCUGUGGCGCCUCAACCUGCCGCAGUCGCAGCGGCUGUCGCUGAUUGCCGUCUUUGGCCUGGGCUUCUUCACCUGCGCCAUCUCCGUCAUCCGCAUCUCCUUUUUGAACCUGAACGGCGACGACACCUACACCAACGUGGCCGCCGCGUGCUGGUCCAUCAGCGAGCUGUGCUGCGCCAUUGUAUGCUCGUCGCUGCCGACCCUGCGGCCCAUAUUGUUCCAUCUGUUGCCCAAGCCGCUGCGUCAUCAUUAUGGCAGUAACAACAACAACUACUACCACAACCACAAUCACAACCACAACCAAACCACCCACGGAAACAACCCCAACAUGUACCGCACCUCGACCCGCCACCGCCAGUCCGCGUACCUCAACGCCUACGCCAACAGCUUGGGUGGCUUCACCGACCUGGGCCACGAUCUCGACCACACCUUUGGCCGCGACGGGUACCGCCUCAAAUCCGUGUCCACGCGGGACGACGACGCCACGCCGGCCAACAUUGACACCGACGCCGACACCAACGCCGAUGGUAUGGUCCGUCGCACCAGCCGCACAAUGAUCAUCCCGCCCCGGCCGCACCGGCCCGUCUCCUCCUACUACUUCAACCUGUUCAACCACCAGCACCCCUCCGCAGCCCAACAAGCAACGAUGCAAGCUGUCCCAGCAGCCGAGUCGCCCGCAGCCACCACCUCGGACAAGAUUGGCUUGAGUUUUACAAGAACCACGAGCCAUCUUCGAAGCACCUCCUCGCUGGGUGACAGCAGUAACAGUGACAGCGACAGCGGCUUCCAUGGCCCUGGCGGACACGGCCGGGGCCGCAGCGUGAACCGAGACCGAGACCGCAACCGCAACCGAAACACCCUCCGCAUGGCCCGCAACCGCCGACCACGGACCGCCAGCAGCGGCAGCGACAUGGAGAGCGACAGCGACCUCGACCGGUACAUGCAGUGGGCCGGCCGCGACUACUACCAGUCACAGCACUACCGCUACCGCCAUGACAACAGUGACGCCAACGACAACGACAGCGGCAACCGAGUUGGCGGCGACCUAGAAAAGAAGGCCGCUGCUUCGCCGCCGCCCGCAGCGGCCACGAUGACGACGACGGCGUCGCCCAGCAGCCUCGUCACGCAACAGUCAUCGUUGAUGACGACGCCCUCGCACCGCGGUGCCAACACCCGCAACAACAGCAGUAGCCGCGCCGAGAUGCUAGGCCAGGCCGCACAGGCGCUCCGCCGCAACGGGACCAAGCCGACCGUGGAUGCGCACCGACGCACCAAAUCCGGCGCCACCUUCUUCUUGUCCGACGACGAGGACGGCGAUGACGACCACAAUGCGAGCCACGGCAGCAACGGUGGUGGCAGCAACAGAAGCAGGGCGGAGAGCAAGAAGGGGCCGUCGGCACCGUCCUCCGCGGCCCCCACGCGCGCCCAGUCGCCAGCGGCAUCGCUGCCGCCCCCCUCGCCGCCCCGCUCCUACAGCUACAGCCACCUGCGCCGCAUGGCCGCUGCGGUCGCCGACGGUGUCAGCACAGCCGCCAACGCGGGCAUUGGCGUCGCCGGCACGGCUGGGAGCAUCGGAGCCGGCCGCGAGAAGAGCCGAAGCAGCAGUGCCGGCGGUCCGCGAAACGACAAAUCGCCGUCCGCCGCGCUGGCCGCACCCGCCAUUGCACCCCCCAUGCCGUCCCUCAACCCAGCCGACCCGCUGGCCAUUGACCGGGACGCCUACCUGGGUCUGCGCCAGGGGACAGUCACCUCCAUCGAGGCGAAUCGGCCGUCGACGGCGGAGGCCGAAGCCCUCGGGUUGACAUUGCUGACAGGCCCCGGCAUCCAGAUACGCCGCGAGGUCGCCCAGGAUGUGGAGCCCGCCUGA